UCUACCACUACUAAUUCAUUUUGUGAGCUUUAUAUUACUCGUGUGUCUAUUGAAAUCACUACAUUCAAUAAUUCUCUGCGAAGACUGCAGCACGUUCCGCUGUUCGCUUUUUUCAAAGGAUAUUCAAUUUAAUUACUUUAGUUUUACUUCUAAAUUAUAUAAUAAAAGAUGCCUGAAAAAAUGGAAACUGCCGCUGGAGAGGUCGAGACAUUCGCCUUCCAGGCUGAAAUUGCUCAACUGAUGUCUCUGAUCAUCAACACAUUCUACUCCAAUAAGGAAAUCUUUCUUCGUGAAUUGAUCUCCAAUUCCAGUGAUGCACUUGACAAGAUUCGCUACGAGUCGCUGACUGAUCCGACGAAAUUGGAUUCAGGCAAGGAACUCUACAUUAAACUUAUUCCAAACAAAAAUGAUCGUACCUUGACAAUUAUUGACACCGGUAUUGGAAUGACAAAAUCCGAUUUGGUCAACAAUUUGGGAACAAUUGCAAAAUCUGGUACCAAAGCAUUUAUGGAAGCUCUGCAGGCCGGAGCUGAUAUUUCAAUGAUUGGUCAAUUUGGUGUUGGUUUCUAUUCUGCUUAUUUGAUUGCUGAUAAGGUGACUGUUAUUUCAAAAAGCAAUGAUGACGAACAAUAUCUUUGGGAAUCCAGUGCCGGUGGUUCAUUUACAGUUCGAUCUGAUCCUGGUGAGCCAUUAGGACGUGGUACAAAAAUUGUUCUUCACGUUAAGGAGGAUCAAGCUGAAUAUCUUGAGGAGAGCAAAAUUAAAGAAAUUGUCAAGAAACAUUCACAAUUUAUUGGAUAUCCAAUUAAAUUGGUUGUACAAAAGGAACGUGAGAAGGAAUUGAGUGACGACGAAGCUGAAGAAGAACCCGAGGAGAAGAAGGAGGAGGAAGAUGGAAAACCAAAAGUUGAAGACGUUGGCGAGGAUGAAGAUGAGGAGAAUAAGGAAAAGGAAAAGAAGAAGAAGAAGACAAUUAAAGAGAAAUAUGAAGAAGAUGAGGAACUCAAUAAGACAAAGCCAAUUUGGACCCGUAGCCCAGAUCAAAUUACCCAAGAGGAAUAUGGUGAAUUCUACAAAUCACUCACCAACGAUUGGGAAGAUCAUUUGGCUGUUAAACAUUUCUCUGUUGAAGGUCAACUUGAAUUUCGUGCUCUUCUCUUUAUUCCCCGUCGUAUGCCAUUCGAUUUAUUUGAAAAUAAAAAACGUAAGAAUAACAUCAAACUUUAUGUACGUCGCGUCUUUAUCAUGGACAAUUGUGAGGAACUCAUUCCUGAAUAUUUGAAUUUCAUGAAGGGAGUUGUUGACAGUGAAGAUCUUCCACUUAAUAUCUCACGUGAAAUGCUUCAGCAGAAUAAAAUUCUCAAAGUUAUUCGUAAAAAUCUAGUCAAAAAAUGUAUGGAACUCUUUGAGGAAAUCACUGAGGAUAAGGAAAACUAUAAGAAAUUCUACGAGCAAUUCAGCAAAAAUAUCAAACUUGGAAUUCAUGAAGACAGCUCAAAUCGUUCAAAACUCGCUGAAUUAUUGAGAUUCCAUACAUCGGCAUCGGGUGAUGAAAUGUGUUCAAUGAAGGAAUAUGUUGCACGUAUGAAGGACAAUCAAAAGCACAUCUACUUUAUUACUGGUGAAAGCAAGGAUCAAGUAGCCAAUAGUUCAUUUGUUGAACGUGUCAAGAAACGUGGAUUUGAAGUUGUCUACAUGACGGAGCCAAUUGAUGAGUAUGUUGUACAACAACUCAAGGAAUUUGAUGGCAAACAAUUGGUGUCAGUUACCAAAGAGGGAUUAGAACUUCCUGAAGAUGAGGAGGAGAAGAAGAAACGCGAGGAGGAUAAGGCCAAAUUUGAGGAAUUGUGCAAAGUUAUGAAAACAAUUCUUGACACUAAAGUUGAAAAAGUUGUUGUCUCAAAUCGUUUAGUUGAUUCACCAUGUUGUAUUGUCACUUCACAAUAUGGAUGGACAGCAAAUAUGGAGAGGAUAAUGAAGGCGCAAGCUUUAAGGGAUACAUCAACAAUGGGUUAUAUGGCGGCGAAAAAACAUCUUGAAGUUAAUCCCGAUCAUCCAGUGAUUGAAACAUUACGUCAAAAGGCCGAAGCUGAUAAGAAUGAUAAAGCCGUUAAGGAUCUUGUUGUUUUAUUAUUUGAAACUUCUCUUCUUUCAUCUGGAUUCACGUUGGAUGAGCCACAAGUUCAUGCAGCUCGUAUUUAUCGAAUGAUCAAACUUGGCUUGGGAAUUGAUGAGGAGGAACCAGUUGUCGAAGAACAAAAACCCGAUGACGAUGUACCACCAUUGGAAGGUGAAUCCGAAGAUGCAUCACGAAUGGAGGAAGUUGAUUAAGUGUAAAAACAAAAUUGACAUAGUAUGUUCCAUCUUUUUUUCUUUGAGUUUCUGUGGUGUUUAGUGAAAUACUGUUUUUUUUUUUAUCGAAUGACUACGUUUUAAGUGGUCCUUUGGUAAAUAAAUUUUUUAUUUUUUACGAACACGUUUCGAAAAUACUUGAAAAAGAUCUGCUGCCAUGAACUUUGUUUAUUUAAAUAUUGUCUUUAGCGUUUACACAUGUCAACGUAAUUUUGAAAGUAAGAAUUUCUUUAUAAAGAUGUAACGCAAAAUACCAAGCUUUAAUAAUUAUAAAUAUUAAAUAAUAAGGCUGAUAAGACUAUAAACGAAAAGAAAAAAAAAAAAAAAAAACAAGUAUAGACAGUAUUCGAGAAUACGUUCCAGUUACUGGUUAAUUUUGGAAUUUUUAUGUAUUCACACGAAAUUUGAUUUCAAUUUUUAAAUAAAUUCCUUUUUUAAUGAA